AUGAGCGAAAAGGUGAAAGGUAAAAAGAAAACCCAAAUAGAGAAUAAGUUGAAAAAGGGUGCUAGUUCACAACAACGGAAGGAAACCUGUAUGAAAAAUGGUUUGGAAGAUCGACCCAGGACAGCCGAUUACGAUUACCUUGAAGUGAUUCAACUGGAGCAUGCCGUGACCAAACUGGUGGAGUCCUAUAACAAAAUAAUUGAACUUUCGCCAAAUCUAGUAACUUAUAAUGAAGCCGUAGACAAUCAAGAUAAAGUGCCAGUUCAAAUACUUCCCUCUCUGUCACGUUACCAACUCAAAUUAGCCGCUGAAUUGAAAACACUGCAUGAUCUUAAAAAAGACCCUAUCCUCAGAGAGAUCAGUGACUAUGAAAAUGUAUUCGAUAUUGAACAGAAGCAACCUAUCUUGCAAGAAAUCAAUAAAUUUGACAUGGAAAAGUUAGAACAAAUCAAAAAAGAGAGAAAAGACAAAAUCGAUAUAAAUGUAUACGAAAGUUUGAAUGGAAAGGAAGAGGAAGAGGAGGAGGACGAAGGAGAAGAUAGUUAUGACCCAACAAAGACAGGAGAUACCACUAAAACAACAAAAUGGCCUCCCAAAUUACCAGAGAUUCAAGAUUUAGCAAUCAGGGCAAGAGUGUUCAUUCAUAAAUCUACCAUAAAAGAUAAAGUAUACCUGUCUGGAUCAGAAAUGAUCAAUGCACAUAACGAAAGACUAGAAUUCUUGGGUGAUUCAAUUUUGAAUUCUGUUAUGACACUAAUUAUUUAUAAUAAGUUUCCGGAUUACAGCGAAGGUCAGUUAUCAACAUUGAGGAUGAAUUUGGUUAGCAACGAGCAGAUCAAGCAAUGGGCGAUAAUGUAUAAGUUUCAUGAGAAACUCAAAACAAAUUUUGAUCUAAAGGAUGAGAAUUCCAACUUCCAAAACGGUAAACUAAAACUAUAUGCAGAUGUGUUUGAAGCCUAUAUUGGUGGCCUGAUGGAAGAUGAUCCAAGGAACAAUUUGCCUAAAAUAAGAAAAUGGUUAAGAAGACUGGCCAAACCGGUCAUCGAGGAGGCCACUCAUAGUCAAGUUGCCUUGGAAAAAACGGACAAACUUGACAUGAAUGCCAAAAGACAGCUUUACUCUUUGAUUGGUUAUGCGUCAUUACGUCUACAUUAUGUUACUGUCAAAAAGCCAACUGCAAUUGACCCGAAUUCCAUAGUAGAAUGUAGAGUUGGCGACGGUACCGUUCUAGGAACUGGUGUGGGAAGAAACAUCAAAAUUGCGGGUAUCAGGGCCGCAGAAAGUGCUCUUCGUGACAAGAAAGUAUUAGAUUUCUAUGCCAAGCAAAGAGCCGCAAUUCCUAGAAGUGAAUCUGUGCUGAAGGAUCCCUCAAAUAAGAAUAAGAAAAGAAAAUUUUCAGACACGAAUUGA